CGCGUCGCUGUAGUGGCCUUGUUGUCUGCUUUUCUCCUGUGUGUGCUGACGCCGCUGUGCCCCCGUCAGCCUCCCGCCCGCCGUCUCCUUGAGACCCAACACCAUGCCUUCAAUUAAGUUGCAGAGCUCUGAUGGAGAGAUAUUUGAAGUUGAUGUGGAAAUUGCCAAACAAUCUGUGACUAUCAAGACCAUGUUAGAAGAUUUGGGAAUGGAUGAUGAAGGAGAUGAUGACCCAGUUCCUCUACCAAAUGUUAAUGCAGCAAUAUUAAAAAAGGUCAUUCAGUGGUGCACCCACCACAAGGAUGACCCCCCUCCUCCUGAGGAUGAUGAGAACAAAGAAAAGCGAACAGAUGAUAUCCCUGUUUGGGACCAAGAAUUCCUGAAAGUUGACCAAGGAACACUUUUUGAACUUAUUCUGGCUGCAAACUACUUAGACAUCAAAGGUUUGCUUGAUGUUACAUGCAAGACUGUUGCCAAUAUGAUCAAGGGGAAAACUCCUGAGGAAAUUCGCAAGACCUUCAAUAUCAAAAAUGACUUCACUGAAGAAGAGGAAGCCCAGGUACGCAAAGAGAACCAGUGGUGUGAAGAGAAGUGAAAUGUUGUGCCUGACACUGUUAACACUGUAAGGAUUGUUCCAAAUACUAGUUGCACUGCUCUGUUUAUAAUUGUUAAUAUUAGACAAACAGUAGACAAAUGCAGCAGCAAAUCAAUUGUAUUAGCAGCAUAUUGUCCUCAUUGCAUGUGUAGUUUGAGUGCAGAUUUGAAACUUAUGGCUGAGUUUCUUCUAGUAUGAUCAAAAUUUUCUUUUUUCUUUGCUCUGAAUAAAACUAAACUGUGGGUUCUCUAUA